AUGCAUAGUGCAACAUAGGAAGAAUUAAAAUCGAGGGCAAAAUAAAAUGAGAUAUCAUCAGGAGAAGAGGAAAUGUUAUCAGAUUCAGGAGAUGAAUGUGAUCCUGAAAAUUACAAUUUUUAUAUGUCACAAGUUGAUUUUGCUGCAUUGGCUAAUGGGAUUAAUUAAGAUGAUUAAAAAGGAUAGGAAAUUAAUUUAAGAGAAAGAGUUAGCACUCAAUAAUUAAGAUAAGAAGUCAAUUAAGUGAAUCAACAUAUUAGUGGAAAUCAUUAAAAUAUAACGAGUGUUCCAAAUCCCAUUAAAUUAUUGGUUUCCAAAUAGAAAAGAAGAUACAAUUACAAUGGAUUUAAUUUAGAUUUGACAUGUAUUCUUUAAUCAUUAUAUUAGAUAUCACUGAAAAGAUUAUUGCUAUGGGUUUCCCUGCAGAAAACAUUGAAUCUAUAUACAGAAAUUCAAUGUAGGAUGUUAGAAGAUUUUUUGAUUCAGUACAUCCAGGACAUUAUAAAGUCUAUAAUCUUUGUGAAGAAAGAAAAUAUGAUCAUUCUAAUUUUAAUUAAGUAGCAGAAUUUCCAUUCCAAGAUCAUCAAGCACCCACUUUCUCUCUUAUUUAUGAAUUCUGUCUUGAUUUAGUAUUUAAUUUUAUAAUAUAUUUAGGAUAAUUGGCUAAAAACUCAUGACAAAAAUGUUGCUGGAAUUCAUUGUAAAGCAGGAAAAGUAAUAAAUAUUUAUAAAGCUUAAGGGACGUACUGGUGUCAUGAUAUGUUGUUAUAUGCUUUAUGCAAGAUAAUUCACCAAUGCUUAUGAUUCUAUGAGAUAUUAUGGUAUGAUAAGAACCAAAAAUAAAAAAGUAAUAUUUUAAUAAACUUUUCAAGGGUGUCACUAUCCCUUCACAGAUUAGAUAUAUCUUUUAUUUUGAAAAAGCUCUCAAUAAUAAGUGGGUUCCUGAUAACAUGCCCAAUAAAUAAGUUGAAUUGGUUAAAAUCAGAUUGAUUCCAGUACCUAAUGUUAAAUUCUUGGGAGGUUGUGCUCCUUGGUUUAGAAUUUAAAAUAGAGACAAAGAGUAUAAUUCUAAAAAUUAAUUCCCUGUUAAAGAAUAUAAAUUAGAGCCAUAUAUUGAAUUUAAACUCAAAGACAUUAUUUUAUAAGGUGAUGUUCUUUUAUAAUUCUUAAAUUAAGGAUUUUUCUCAAGGUAUGUAAAAUAAUUAAAUUUCUAAGCAGUGAGAAACUCUUUCAAGCUUGGUUUAAUUGUGACUUCUUUGAUUAUACGGGUGUCCUCAUGAUAGAUAAAUUUAUGCUAGAUAAAGCAUGCAAAGUAUUCAUUUAUUUUCACAUUAGGAUAAAUCUGGUAAAACCUUCUAAAAAGAUUUUCGUAUUGAAUUACAUGUAGUCGAAGUUAAUCAGGAUAAUAAAUCACUACAAUCUGUAUAAAAUUAUACAAAUAAUUAAAUUACUCACAAAAACUUUGGAUUUUGA